AUGAGCCAGCCCAGGCCCCGCUACGUGGUAGACAGAGCCACAUACUCUCUCACGCUCUUCGAUGAUGAGUUUGAGAAGAAGGACCGGACGUACCCAGCAGGAGAGAAACUUCGCAAUGCCUUCAGAUGUUCCUCAGCCAAGUUCAAAACCGUGGUGUUCGGGCUUUUCCCCAUUCUCUCCUGGCUCCCCAAGUACAAGAUCAAAGACUACAUCGUCCCUGACCUGCUCGGUGGGCUCAGUGGUGGAUCCAUCCAGGUCCCACAAGGCAUGGCAUUCGCUCUGCUGGCCAACCUUCCUGCCGUCAACGGCCUCUACUCCUCCUUCUUCCCCCUCCUGACCUACUUCUUCUUGGGGGGUGUGCACCAGAUGGUGCCAGGUACCUUUGCCGUUAUCAGCAUCCUGGUGGGUAACAUCUGUCUGCAGCUGGCCCCAGAGUCGAAAUUCCGGGUCUUCAACAAUGCCACCAAUGAGAGUUUCGUGGACACGGCGGCCAUGGAGGCGGAGCGGCUGCACGUGUCGGCGACCCUAGCCUGCCUGACCGCCAUCAUCCAGAUGGGCCUGGGCUUCAUGCAAUUUGGCUUUGUGGCCAUCUACCUCUCCGAGUCCUUCAUCCGGGGCUUCAUGACGGCCGCCGGCCUGCAGAUCCUCAUCUCGGUGCUUAAGUACAUCUUCGGACUGACCGUCCCCUCCUACACGGGCCCAGGGGCCAUCGUCUUUACCUUCAUUGACAUUUGCAAAGGCCUCCCCCACACCAAUAUCGCCUCGCUCGUCUUCGCCCUCAUCAGUGGUGCCUUCCUAGUGCUGGUGAAGGAGCUCAAUGCUCGCUACAUGCACAAGAUCCACUUCCCCAUCCCUACAGAGAUGAUUGUGGUGGUGGUGGCGACAGCUAUCUCCGGGAGCUGUAAGAUGCCCCAAAAGUACCACAUGCAGAUCGUGGGGGAGAUCCAACAUGGGUUCCCCUCUGCAGUGCUGCCUGUGGUUUCGCAGUGGAAGGACAUGAUUGGCACAGCCUUCUCCCUGGCCAUUGUGGGCUACGUCAUCAACCUGGCUAUGGGCCGGACCCUGGCCAACAAACACGGCUAUGAUGUGGAUCCUAACCAGGAAAUGAUCGCCCUGGGCUGCAGCAACUUCUUUGGCUCCUUCUUUAAAAUCCAUGUCAUUUGCUGUGCUCUCUCAGUCACUCUGGCUGUAGAUGGAGCUGGAGGAAAAUCCCAGGUGGCAAGCCUGUGUGUGUCCCUGGUGGUGAUGAUCACCAUGCUGGUCCUGGGAUCCUAUCUGUACCCUCUCCCCAAGUCUGUGCUAGGAGCCCUGAUAGCUGUCAACCUCAAGAACUCCCUCAAGCAACUCACUGACCCCUACCACCUGUGGCAGAAGAGCAGGCUGGACUGUUGUGUCUGGGUGGUGAGCUUCCUCUCCUCCUUCUUCCUGAGCCUCCCCUAUGGCGUGGCUGUGGGCGUCACCUUCUCCGUCCUGGUUGUGAUCUUCCAGACCCAGUUUCGAAACGGCCAUGCUCUGGCCCAGGUCAUAGACACUGACAUUUAUGUGAAUCCCAAGACCUACAACAGGGUCCAGGAAAUCCAUGGAAUCAAGAUCGUCACUUACUGCUCCCCUCUCUACUUUGCCAACUCAGAGAUCUUCAGGCAAAAGGUCAUUGCCAAGACAGGUGUAGACCCCCAGAAAGUAUUGCUGGCCAAGCAAAAAUAUAUUAAGAAGCAUGAAAUGGGGACAAACAUGCCCACACAGUGGAGGAAGUCUCUAUUCAUGAAGACCAAGACCGUCUCCCUGCAGGAGCUCCAGCAGGACUUUGAGAAUGCCUCACCCACCGACCCCAACAACAACCAGACACCUGCCAACGGCACCAGCGUGUCCUACAUCACCUUGAGCCCUGACACCUCCUCAGCCACCCAUUGCAAGCCACCCGCCUCUGCAGAGUCUGCCGGUGAACCUAGUGACAUCCUGGCCAGUGUUCCGCCCUUUGUCACCUUCCACACCCUCAUCCUCGACAUGAGUGGGGUCAGCUUUGUGGACCUGAUGGGCAUCAAGGCCCUGGCCAAGCUGAGCUCCACCUACAAGAAGAUCGGUGUGGAAGUCUUCUUAGUGAACAUUCAUGCCCAGGUGUACAAUGACAUUAGCCAUGGAGGCGUCUUUGAAGAUGGAGGUCUGGAGCGCUGCCAUGUGUUCCCCAGUAUACAUGAUGCAGUCCUCUUUGCUCAGGCAAAUGCUGGAGAAGUAGACCCAGGACGUGACUUUCAAGGGGCUCCAGUCGACCCUGAGCUCUCGUACAACUCCGAAGAGGACAGCCCCAGCUACUGGGACUUAGAGCAGGAGAUGUUCGGAAGCAUGUUUCACACAGAGACUCUGACCGCCCUGUGAGGCCCGGCUGGUUCCCUUGCUGCCUCUGGAGUGCCUGAUUCCUGGGACUACAAGAGCAGCAGCAUGGAGAGCCUGCUGUUUUGGAACCGGGCCUGGGCAGCAAGGAACAAGCCUCUCGCUCACCCCACCCCACCCAUCAGGUCCUACCCAUGGCAGCUGGCAGGACCCCUUGACUUCAACUUAAGAGUGAGCCGAGGGCGGAAGGAAAAGUGCAACUGUGCUGAUGUGGAGCAUAAGCUUCGGAGGUGUCCUUGGGUCAGAGGUGUCAGGCUGCCACUGGGUGCAGGGAUAAAGAGGACUAUGUGGCUUGCCCCUUCCAGCUGCCCCAACUCCAUCCCUGGCAGCUCUGCACCCCUGGAACAGUGUGCUCCCCACAAGCCAGCAUCUGUGUGUUGGUGACUAUGUCUCCUUCCUUCUCAUCCCAAGGCUGCUGAGACCAUCGCUGUUACUCAAAACCUCAGACUCUAGCCUGGGAGUGGCCAGGACCCUCAAGACCACCAGCACUCCCUCCCACCCUAAGAGCCAGCCCCACCAAGGCAGCUGUGUCAGCCUCAAGAAACGUUAUCACUUCAGGAGCUGCUCCCUAUCACUCAAGGCUGGUAGAAACCCAAAAAGGGGGCAGAAUCCUCUGGCAACCUAACAAUAGAUAGCAGUUAUUUUGCACAAAGGCUGUUGGGAAUCCCUGUUUGUACCUGAGACUUAGUGGGGGAGGAGCUGCUAGUGCUAACACAGGGCAAGCUGGUGGGAGUCGGGCCCUGUCAGUACCCCCCAACCUUAAGGUCAGUCAGGAUGACAACUCCUCUCCUUGGGAAAUCUGCCAAUCAUUUUAACUCUCCCUUAUCAGCUUGUAGUGCAGAACCAUGAUGAGCCCCUUCAGCCAAGCAAGGGAGGAAGCUCCCCAGGAACUAAGGCCCCAGCUGGUGCAGAACACGGAGAAGGGCUGAUCCAAGUUGGAUAUUCCUCCACAGGAUUCCUAAACAUACUCAGGACAUGAGGCCAUCUCCUUCUAGGAAAGAUGAGAAUAGGGGUUACUUUCCCCACCUAAGGGGAGGUAACUACAGGAAACCCUGCUGUUGACUUGAAAAUAAAUAAGUUCCAUGUGCAAGUGUUUUGUAAAAAUUUCCAUGGAAGUGCACAGAAAACCUUCUGGCCUCUUCCCACUGCUUCUCCCAAGCUCCUUCAACUAAAUAUCCCCUGCCCCAACAGGUUGGGCUGGCCCAGCCUGGAAAACGUCCCAAUUCCUAACUUCAGCCUCAUCUGCUUUGUUCAUCUGUAUUGAGUGAGUGUCAGCUAGCGAGUCUUCUAAGAGUUAAAGAAGUGGGUGCUGGCAAAGAGCCAACACAUUCUUGGCCUGAGAGCAUUUGCUUCUCUGUGAAUUCAUUAUGCCAUCUGGCUGCCAAUGGAACUCAAAACUUGGAAGGCAAAAGACAAUGUUAUCUGGGAUUCACCACUGCCCAGCACCCAAAGUGCCAAAUUUCAGGAGGACAAGAACCUUAGCCAAUGACAACUCACCCUCCCCUACUCCACCUCCAAAGUCCAGCUCAGGCCCAGGAGUCUGGGGAAGGUCACAGAGCCUCAGGACAUCCCAAGUCAAAGGCCCCCUUGGAGGCAACAUUUAGGACCCUUGAGGACUUGAGGACUUGAUGAAGUGACUAUUAGGCCCCAGGCCAGCCCCAGAACUGAAGGAGCUUGUGGCUCACCAUGACCUGGGGUUGGCCAGGGCUUAGAAGAGAUCCUACAACAUAUCCAAGUUUAUAAAUAUUCACAGAGCCCACUGUGGAGGUAAGAUUGGAAACACACAGGGAGGAGGGGAGAUAUUGAAGAAAACGUCACUGUCGGAAAUAUCAGUCAAUUACUUUGGAAAUAACACAAAUUCACGCAGACUACUCUGGAUGUGACUGAGGCAAGAAGAGGGGACAAGGUAGUGAAAUAAUCCAGAAUUUCAGUACUUAUGAAUGUUCUUAGUGAAACGGACCUGUUUUGAUGUGAUUCCCAGGGAGGACUGGGACUCUUGAGAUAUUUCUGUAAUUUAUUUAAUUUAAACGCCCUUCUUCUUUUGUUCAUUUUGGUAAU